AUGAAGAUGAGAAUCCCAUCCCACUUCAUUUGCAGUUUUAUAAUAAUAAUUCAUCCACGACACAGACUAGAAUAAAGGAAAACCCUUCAAAGAUCCACCUUUGAUUUUAGAGAGAGAGAGAGUCAUUAUAAAAGAUUCAACUCCAUCCCCUCUGAAUCUGCUGCCAAAACAACACAACGAAGAACAACGACGGUUUCUCUUUCCUUUCUUAUCUUCUAGAUACAUAUGGAUUACAGGAUGCCUCAUAAUGAUGUUGACGAAAUCGAUUACAUGGCAGAAGAAGGGGACAUUUUGGAUUUUGUGAUGGAUGAUGAGGAGGUCAACGGUGGUGGAGAUCAAAUUGUUGAUGAUUAUGAUAUGGUGACAGAUACGUCCUCGGCUCAAGCGAGGAGAGGUAAAGAUAUUCAGGGCAUUCCGUGGGAAAGAUUGAAUAUAACAAGAGAAAGUUACCGACUUACAAGGCUGGAGCAGUACAGAAACUACGAGAAUAUUCCCUUAUCAGGCGAUGCUGUUGAUAAGAAAUGUAAACAGAAGCAGAAGGGUGGCAACUACUAUGAAUUUUUUCACAAUACCAGAUUGGUGAAGCCUACCAUUCUUCACUUUCAGUUAAGGAACCUGGUAUGGGCUACUUCGAAACAUGAUGUGUAUCUCAUGUCUAACUACUCAAUCAUGCACUGGUCAUCAUUAUCAUACAACUUGACCGAGAUCCUUAACUUCUCUGGGCAUGUAGCACCAACUGAGAAACAUGCUGGGAGUUUGCUUGAAGGUUUUACACAGACUCAGAUCAGUACACUAGCAGUCAAGGAUGAUUUUUUAGUUGCUGGAGGCUUUCAAGGAGAGCUUGCUUGUAAGCGAUUGGAUAAACAGGGAGUAAGUUUCUGUACAAGAACAACUUAUGAUGACAAUGCCAUAACAAAUGCCGUUGAGAUAUAUGACAGCUUGAGUGGUGGAAAGCAUUUUAUGGCAUCAAAUAAUGAUGGCGGUGUGAGAGAAUAUGAUAUGGAGAAAUUUCAGCUAAUGAAUCACUUCCGCUUUCCUUGGCCAGUGAAUCAUUCAUCUUUAAGCCCAGACCGCAAGCUUAUAACUGUUGUUGGAGAUCAUCUUGACGGACUUGUCGUUGACUCGUCUAAUGGGAAAACGGUGGCUUCGGUGGAAGGUCACCUUGACUACUCAUUUGCUUCGGCAUGGCAUCCAGAUGGAAGGAUAUUUGCAACAGGGAACCAAGACAAAACCUGCAGGGUAUGGGAUUUAAGAAACCUCUCGAACCCUGUUGCAGUUCUCAAGGGAAACAUGGGGGCAGUUCGUUCGGUUCGUUUCUCGUCAGACGGGCAGUUCUUGGUCGUUGCUGAACCUGCGGAUUUCGUGCACGUGUAUGACACCAACUUAAACUACGAGAAAAGACAAGAGAUUGAUUUCUUUGGAGAAAUCUCGGGGGUAUCUCUGAGUCCAGACAAUGAGACCCUUUUCAUUGGAGUAUGGGACCGAACUUAUGCAAGUUUGUUACAGUACAACAAACGACAUAAGUACGGGUACCUCGAUUCGUUUGUGUAGUAGUCGGAGGUCGGUACCGAAUAAGGUGAGUUUUGGUUUGCUUUCUUUUCUUUUUGUUUCUAGUUUUGGUAUGGUUGAUGGAGUAUAUGAUAAAUUGAGACCUGUGUGUUAUGUAAAACUUUGGUAAGAAAAUGUAUAGCAGUCAUCUUUGGAAAU